GAAAGAACAAGAGUUUUGGAGAUGGCCAUGGGAAAAAUUCUCUCUCGCUUGAUCCCCGAUGACCCCUUGAUUCCCCUACUGAAUAGGGGCGAGCAACCGGCUACAGUAGUUGCAACUUGUAACUCCCUAGCCCUAAGCAAUGUAGUGGUCCCAACCAGACCAAGAGGAAGUGGGAAGUUGAACCCAGAACCUAGCUUGUCCAAGCAUAAUGAAGAAUUACUAAAGAAGAACACUGACCUUGAGAGACAUCUCAAAGACGUGCAGAAGUCUAUUGACAAGCUAAGGAGUCCCAAGUCGCGCCAGAAGGCUCUCAACUUGGAUAGUGCCCCUCUCAACUUGUCCAUCACGGUUGAAUUAUAUCAAGAGGGAUUUAAAAUUCCUCAUUUGGAGACAUAUGAUGGCUCAGGAGAUCCAGAUGAACAUCUGCAUACUUAUCAAGCCAUCAUGAGGAUCCAGAACGCCACUAACGCCAUGAUGUGCAAAGUCUUCCCUGCAAUGUUGAAAUCAACGGCUAGAAGAUGGUACCACAAGUUACCUAGACAUUCCAUAGCCUCAUAUUCUAAACUAGCCACUUUGUUUUCAAAUAAGUUCGCGAGUCAAAGAGAAAUUAAGCACAUCGCUACUGAGCUGUUGCAAGUUCAUCAGAAGGAGGGAGAGUCUCUAAGGGACUAUAUGCAACGGUUCAACAAGUCCACUCUAGACAUUGAUAAUGUCCUUGAUACCAUCAGCUUGUCAGCUAGCUUCAUACUAUCAGAAGACUUCCAGUCGUCCAAGCAACGAGCUGAUGAUAGACAAAGCAAAAGCCAUGAACAACCACAACGAAGAGAAGAAAGGAAAAAGCAAAAAGUUAGCGAGCAGUGGGGAAAGCCAUCCGACUUCCCAAAGUAUGCCAACUACAUUCCUUUGACCUCGCCAAGGGGUAUGACCAGCCUCAAGGGCAAAGGUAUCAGCUCGGCAACAGCCAGGAUGUGUAUUAGGAUAACCAAUAUCCUUCCGAGCAAGGCAGAGCGUACAAGGGACGUUAGUUCAAUAGGAGGCCAAAGCGCUCGGGGCCGUAAGGCAUAUGCUUGUCAAGUGAUGAUCGUUAAUAAAAACAAGCCCUUGAAGCGGCCAUUCGAGGAGGCGAAAUGGGAGAAUGCGACCAUUACAUUCAGCUCAGCAGAUUAUAAGCAAACGGAAGAAGAGCCUGACGUUAUGAUGCCUCAUGUAGAUCCUUUUGUGGCAGCGAUCCAUAUAGGCAAUCAUAACGUCAAUAAGGUCUCUAUCGAUACUGGUAGUUCACCAGAUAUCCUGUAUUGGAGCUGCUUUCAGAAGAUGCAGUUGAAUCCGAACUCGCUGCAGAAGUAUGAAGGGCCCAUAUAUGGGUUCGAUAAUCAACCUGUCCCGGUUGAAGAAGUAAUUACUCUUCCCAUCUAUGUGGGCUUUGAACUACACUUAAGGAUGGCUUCAGUUAGCUUUUUGGUAGUCAAAAUGGAAUCGACUUUCAAUGCCAUACUAGGAAGAGCCACCCUAUGCGAGCUGAAGGCUGUCAUCUCGCAGGCUGUCAUCUCGCAGGCUGUCAUCUCGCAACCUCAUCUCUGUAUGAAGUUCCCAACUCCUCAGGGGGUAGGAGUGCUUAAAGGGGAACCAGAAGAUGACCAGAGCCUGCUAUCAAGAUACAUUCAAGAAGAUAUUGAGCACCGACCUCAGGGUGUCAAGCAAAAGGCUGAGCCAAUAGAACCAGUGGAAGUAGUCCCUUUGAACCCUAACAUGUCGGAAAGAACAGUUAAGGUUGGCACAAAGCUCACAGCGAAAGAACGAGCUGAACUUCUGGAGUUUUUAAAGGUUAAUCAAGAUGUGUUUGCGUGGACGACGGAUGAAAUGCCUGGCAUUCCAACAGAGUUGGCAGUCCACAAGCUCAGCACGGACCCCACCAGAAGGCCGAUGGUUCAAAAACAUCGCCUUUUUGGUCCUGAGAAGCAAGCUGCUAUAGAUGAAGAAAUACAAAAGCUAUUACAGGCAGGCUUCAUCAAGAGAGUUGAAUACUCUAUGUGGGUGUCUAACCCUGUGCUUGUCAAGAAACCAAACGGCAAGUGGAGAAUGUGUAUUGAUUUCACUAACUUAAAUAAGACGUGUCCAAAAGACCCUCACCCCUUACCAAAUGUUGAGAAGUUGGUUCAGUUGCUGUUGGAUGACCAAAAGAAAACGGCUUUCUAUGCUGGUGACGCAAUCUACUGCUAUGUCAUGAUGCCAUUUGGCUUGAAAAAUGCUGGCGUGACAUAUCAAAAGCUGGUGCAGGUCAUCUUCAAGCUCCAGAUCGGCAGGAACAUUGAAGUAUAUGUGGACAACAUGAUAGUCACCAGUAAGCGAGCUGAAGAUCAUAUAGACGACCUAAAUGAAACAUUUCAGAACUUGCGACGAGCCCAAAUGAAGCUAAAUCCCCUGAAAUGCACGUUUGUUGUAGAAUCAGGAAAAUCCCUAGGGUACGUGGUAUCCAAGAAGAGAAUUGAGGUAAAUCCAGAGAAGGUUCAGGCCGUUCAACAGAUGGAGCUUUCCAAGACCAUAAAAGAUGUGCACCUUCUGACAGGUCGUGUUGCUGCGUUGCACAGAUUCAUAGUCAAGUCGGCAGAAAGAUGCCUCCCAUUCUUUAAGGCCUUGAGAGAGCUCAAGAACUUUCAAUGGACCGACGAAUGUCAGCAGGCAUUCGAUGAGCUCAAGCAAUAUCUGGCGUCAGCACCUCUGCUUUCAAAGCCUGUGGAGGGGGAGAGUUUAUACCUAUAUCUAGGGGUUACAGAGGAGGUCGGCACGAAGCAAAAUUACCCACUAGCAGAAAAAGCUGCUUUUGCCCUUGCCUACACGGCUCGCAAAUUGAGAGCAUACUUUCAGUCACACAAAAUUGUUAUCUAUAUCGAUUUAUCGUUGAGGAAGAUACUACAGAAAUCUGAACUCUCUAGUCGGCUUAUUGGGUGGACUGUCGAGCUAAGCGAGUACGACCUCAAAUUUCAGCCGCACACAACCAUUAAAGGCAGGCUUGGGUUCCUUCGAACCCACCCAGGCGCUGGGUUCGCGUCUGGGUUCGCACCGAACCCAGCAUGCCUAGGUUUGGUAGAACCCAACACGCUUGGGUUUGGUUCCUUUCGAACCCAACGCCUGGGUUCACAAGGAACCCAAGCGUGCUGGGUUCGCAAGGAACCCAAGUGUGCUAGGUUCGCGUCUGGGUUCCUACAAACAAUGACCAUAUCAGAUAUUGAGCACCGACCUCAGGGUGUCGAGCAAAAGGCUGAGCCAAUAGAACCAGUGGAAGUUAAUCAAGAUGUGUUUGCGUGGAUGACGGAUGAAAUGCCUGGCAUUCCAACAGAGUUGGCAGUCCACAAGCUCAACACGGACCCCACCAGAAGGCCGGUGGUUCAAAAACGUCGCCUUUUUGGUCCUAAGAAGCAAGCUGCUAUAGAUGAAGAAAUACAAAAGUUACUACAGGCAGGCUUCAUCAGGAGAGUUGAAUACUCUGAGUGGAUGAAGAAGGCAAGGCAAGGCAGUUGCUGGGUUAUUGUAGGUGUUGGGUUCGAUGCUGGGUUUGAUUUUUCAAUUUCGAAUGCUAGGAUUUUGCAGGUUCUAGGUUCGUUUGGACUCGAUCUACUCGAUCCUUUUGUUAAAAGCAGAGGAGGUUGCACAUACCUAGUUGUCGCGGUAGAUUACUUCACCAAAUGGAUAGAAGCCAAACCAUUAUCAACGACAACAGAGAAGAAAAUAGAGGAAUUCCUGUUCAACUCAAUAUUAUGCAGGUUCAGCAUACCUAAACGGAUCAUCACUGACAAUGGUCCACAGUUCCGAGCCGUAGCACUUAGGAUGUUCUGCAACGAUUAUGGCAUUGAGCUCGCCUUGACUUCGGCUACAGGCGAAACCCCAUUUAGCCUCGCCUAUGGAGCUGAGGCCGUUAUCCCUGUAGAGAUUGGAUUGCCAUUCGACAGAUCAGAUCAGCACAAUGAUCCUAGUAAUGAGCAACUUCUAAGAGAGAACCUAGACCCUGUAGAAGAGGUUAGGGAGAUGUCUCGAAUAAGAAACAUAGCACAUCAAAGUCAUGUUGCUAGAUUUUAUAAUAAGAGAGUCCGAACUCGUCAAUUUCAAAUUGGCGAUCUGGUUUUACGCAAGGCUGGGCUCACUAACACUUACUCACAUAUGGGAAAACUCGCUCCGAACUAGGAAGGUCCUUAUAUGGUUAGUUGUGUUAAGCGACCUGGGUCUUACCAGUUAGCAGAUCUACAAGGUCGUCAGUUACCAUUCAUAUGGAACAUACAUAACCUUAAAAAGUUUUACAGUUAACAUGUAUAUUAUUAUCUUAUCAAUAAACUGCACAUGACGAUGUAAAGAAUGUAUACAACAAUAAAUACAUAAAUUUCAA